ACCUUUUAUUAGCUCACUAUCAACAGCUAAUUCCAACAACUACCAACCUGCAUCCGUCUCUGAACCAGUCAUGUCAAAUGGUACAGAAGAGGAACCAGAAGCUAAAAUACCAAAACAUGAAGGCGGUUUACUGAUAGCACUAGUCUAUACGCUUCUCACACAUCAAAAGAUUAAAUUACCUAGUUUGUAGGGAAGGGUGUGUACAAUACUUAUAAACAUUUAUUUUCAUGUAAUUAUUUUUUUUUAUGUAUAUUUUACUAACCUUAGUUCAUCGAAAAAUGUUCCAUUUUAUUAACAAACAGAACAGAGAGCUAUUUGUGACUCAAUUAUGUUUGGUAUGCUAAUAUUUGCAAAUUGAACCAUUAUUUUAUGAUGUAUUUGUUUCUCAAAAUUAUUAUUCUUUCCCUCGUCAAAAAAUAAAAUAAUAUUUAAAUUGUUUCACAUUAGGUUAUAGUUUAAUAUUUAUUGAACUAUGCAUAUGUUAGAACUCAGAAAAAAAAAUAUUUAUUUAUCAGAAAAUCAUCAUUAAAUAUGUUAAUACAAAUAUUAAAUUGCCAGUGAAAAAUUCAUCAAAAUUUCCAAAAUUUAGCAACUUUUCUUCAUCGACGACUUAAAUCUUAAAUAUUAUCUUAAUAAAGUAAUAGAGUAGGUUUAAAAUACUGUUAUAUCAUGGUUGCUAAAUUCUUUUUUUUUUUAAUGGUUAAUGGAUGCAGGUAAAUUUUCUAGAAUCAUAUUAUUCAUCCAAAAUGUUGUGUUUGUUUUGGAUCAAUUGAUUUCAGUUUUGGAGUUAACUUUCAAAUUGGUCCAUUUGGUAGGCCUGUGGUUGUUUAAAAACGUUGUAAGUAUAAUUGACGACUAAAUUAGGAGAAUUUAAACAUUUAUCUACUUUAUAUUUUAUUUUGGUUUGUUUUUGUUUUCGUCAUGCUCUUCUGUGUUGUCUCCGGACCAAUAUCCCUCUACUAGCAAGUGCAGCCACCUGAACAAGUCAGGCCUACUACCCGUUGCGGUUAAGGUCUCUAAUGGAAACACAAUGUUUGCUCAUACCAUAAUGGUGUUAUUUGAUACAUAUUAAACAUUCAGCAAAUAACAUAUUUAAAUUAAAUACAUUAACAUUUAAACAAUUAAUACAUUUCCUAUAAAUUAGUAAAUAUUAUUUCCUCCUAUUCUACAUUGUAUUUAAAAACAUUUUUGCUGUUUGUUUAUUAAAAAUAUAGUUUUUGCAACUUUUUAUAGAUAAUUUUAAAGAACGACAUGUUUUAAAUAUUUAGAAAAUUAAUUUAAUUGUGUUUAUAAUUUUUUCUUAUAACUUAUAAGUGAAAAAUAUAUAUUCAUUUAUUUGCUGAAUAGUAUUUUAUAAAAUUAUAAUUAUGUCAAUGCUUAAGAUAUCUUAGUUGCAUAAAUUAUUUGAUAUAUAUAUACAUAAAAUAAAUUAUAUUCUUUUUCAGGCAAUAUUUAAUUCUUACUUAAUUAUUCUUAAAAAAUAAAUCAUCUUGACGUUUUAUGUUUAUAUCCUCUUGAGUUAAAUUAUUUUAUUAACAUGUUUUUUCCUUUCAGUGAAUGGAAAUGCAUCAUUCACUACUGCACCGUAUGAUUUCAAUCAAGUUGGAACUUUAAUCUCAGGUCCUGGUUCAAGACUUGGUAUUUUAGGUGCACUUGCUGCUCCUUUAAUCAAAUUAAGUACAGAACAAAAUGAAGCUGUUGCCAAAGCCAAAAAAUAUGCUAUGGAACAAAGUAUUAAAAUGGUAUUAAUGAAACAAACAUUAGCCCAUCAACAACAACAAGCCAAGUCAUUCCAUCGUCACCAAGCUUUAAUAUUAAUGUGCAGAGUGUAUGUUGGAAGUAUUAGUUUUGAACUUAAAGAAGACUCAAUUAAACAAGCGUUUUCACCAUUUGGUUGUAUUAAAUCAAUUAACAUGUCUUGGGAUCCAAUUACUCAAAAGCACAAAGGUUUUGCAUUUGUAGAAUAUGAAAUACCAGAAGCUGCUCAGCUUGCACUUGAACAAAUGAAUGGAGUAAUGCUUGGUGGUCGAAAUAUUAAAGUUGUUGGGCGUCCUAGCAAUAUGCCACAAGCACAAUCUGUCAUUGAUGAGAUUCAGGAAGAAGCUAAACAAUAUAAUCGUAUUUAUGUAGCCUCUAUACAUCCAGACUUAACUGAAGAUGAUAUAAAAAGUGUGUUUGAAGCAUUUGGCCCAAUUAGGACAUGUAAACUUGCACAAGGUAGUACACCAAACAGACAUCGUGGCUAUGGUUUCAUCGAGUACGAGGGUCGUCAAGCGGCUAUUGAAGCAAUAUCUUCAAUGAAUCUUUUUGACCUUGGAGGCCAGUAUUUAAGAGUUGGGCGUGCCAUUACUCCUCCAAAUGCGCUUCAUGGUCCUUCAUCUUCAAGUCAUAUGCCAACAGCCGCUGCUGUUGCAGCUGCAGCAGCUACAGCAAAAAUUCAAGCGAUGGAUGCAGUUGCUACCAAUGCGGUUUUAGGUUUAAGUAAAUUAAGUUCUCAAUUAGGUGCUCAAACAGCUGUCUUACCUGGUUUACAACAAUUACCUACUACAUUAGGUAUAACUCCUGCUGUUCCAGCUGCUACUAUACCACCGCCAGGAAUUGCUAUACCACAACAAAUUAGAGCUCCAGUACCAAUAAUACCAGGUACCACAGGAUUGAGUCCAGUUAUUCAACAAGCUAUACCUCCGCCAACACUUAUAAAUCCUACGCAAUUAGCUGCCCCUGUAAUUCCAACAGUAACAGCAGAUGCACAAAAACGGGCUGAUCAACAAAAAAAACAAGAAGAAUUACAAAAAAAAUUAUUGGAAGAAACUGAACCUCAAACAUUACAACAACAAGAAAAUAUGUCUAUUAAAGGACAAAGUGCUAGACACCUUGUUAUGCAAAAAUUAAUGCGGAAAACUGAGAGUAGAGUUGUUAUACUCAGAAACAUGGUUGGAGUUGAAGAUGUAGAUGACAGUUUACAAGAAGAAAUUCAAGAUGAAUGUAGCAAAUUUGGUGUGGUUGAACGUGUUAUUAUUUAUAAAGAAAAACAAUCAGAUAGUGUAGAUGAUGAUUCAGAUACAAUUGUAAAAAUAUUUGUAGAGUUUACACAGAUGUCAGAGGCCGAACAAGCUCGUGACUCCCUAAAUGGUCGAUUUUUUGGCGGACGUUUAGUUAAAGCUGAACUUUAUGAUCAAGCAUUGUUUGACCAUAGUGACUUUUCUGGUUGAAUCAGUUUAAAUGUCCAUUAUUAUAAUUAUAUGUAUAUUAUUUUACUUCACUAUUUAGUUAUUUUAAUAUUAACUCAAAUAUAUUAUAUAACUAAUUAUUUUAUUAUGUAUCUAUAAUAUUUUGUAAAUAAAAGAUUUUUUGCAAUUUUUA